GAAUUCAUAAAAGUUUCAAUUUUCAUCAACAAAUCUCAUUUGUUUCCACUUCAAUUGACUAUUGGCAUUCACUAAGAAAAUAAUGGCCAACAAUGGGAAUUUAGCAUUGGGAUAUAUAAUUGGUUUGUGUACAUUUUUCUUAAGUGCAAAUGGUUUCUCAGCAGAUUCUGGAUGGACAAGUGCUCAUGCCACAUUUUAUGGUGGAGCUGAUGCUUCUGGCACAAUGGGGGGUGCUUGUGGAUAUGGCAAUUUGUAUUCAACAGGAUAUGGUACAAGGACAGCGGCAUUGAGCACAGCUUUGUUCAAUGAUGGAGGAUCAUGUGGCCAAUGCUACAAAAUCAUUUGUGAUUAUAAAGCAGAUCCUCAAUGGUGCAAGAAGGGAGUAUCUGUUACAAUUACUUCUACAAAUUUUUGUCCACCAAAUUAUAAUCUUCCUAGUAACAAUGGAGGAUGGUGCAACCCCCCACGUCCACAUUUUGACAUGGCUCAACCUGCUUGGGAAAAGAUUGGCAUUUACAAAGGAGGCAUUGUUCCUGUUCUCUACAAAAGGGUACCUUGCAAGAAACAUGGUGGAGUUAGAUUCACAAUAAAUGGAAGGGACUAUUUUGAACUAGUGUUGGUAAGCAAUGUAGCAGGGGCAGGAUCUGUUCAAUCUGUUCAAAUCAAAGGCUCAAACACAAAUUGGCUGACCAUGUCAAGAAAUUGGGGAGCAAGUUGGCAAUCCAAUGCAUAUCUUGAUGGACAAUCAAUAUCUUUUAAGGUCACUACUACUGAUGGUGUCACAAAAACAUUCUUAAACAUUGUUCCAUCUGGUUGGAAAUUUGGCCAAACAUUCUCUAGCCACAAUCAAUUCUGAUAUACAAAAAAAAUAACGCCCAAAGAAUACAUUUUUUAUCAGAGAUUUUGGGUUUAUAGGGCAGCGGCGUGCUUACUUUUUACCGAAAGUAGCCCUCCCAAAAAAAUCAUUUUUAUUCAGAUAUAUAUACCUCUUUGAGGAUUCUGGAGUGGUUUGACUAUUGAGGAGUUGUUGGUAAAGUAACUAAACCCAUGAACUAUAGUCCAAAUAAAGCUAGUGAAAAAUAGAAAUCAAUUAUUGGUACAAGUAGGGCUAGUUCAAAAAAUUGUAUUUUACUAUAUGAAAGGAUGAAUAAGACAAUUUGUCUAAGCUGCAUCAACUAUACUUUCAAUUUGUUCCAUAUAUUGUACCCUUGUAAUAUGACUAUUUUCAUGUAUGCAUCUUGUAUACCAAUAUAUAUGAUCUUGUUUAUUAUUUCCCUUUU